ACUUAUUGACGUCAAAUAAAGUUUCUGUUUUUUGCCUUCUCCUCACUUCGUACGUCACAACCAGGUUUCUCCGUGGGCACAGAUAGUAUUUGGGUAAGAAAGACAGUUCGGGUUAACAAAGCAACACUCCUGGGAAAAAAACUAUUAACAUGUAUAAAUGGAUUUCCUCAGAGUAUAAAUACUAGCCUGCACCCUCCUGGUGCCUCAGAGCCGCCCUGAUGUAUAUAUGCAAUAGGGAGCCGUGAAUCGGCCCUUUGAUACAGUAAUAUAAUAAAAGCGGACUGGCAAGCGGUGCGUCUUAGUUCUCUACUCUCUUGUGGGAAUGAGUUGCCAACCUUUCACCUCGGCUGAUACCUUUAUACCUCUGAAUUCUGACGCUUCUGCUGCCCUGCCUCUGAGAAUGCACCACAGUGCCGCUGAGGGUCUCCCAGCCUCCAACCACGCCACCAACGUGAUGUCCACAGUCCCGUCUAUUUUGUCUUUGAUCCAAACUCCUAAAUGUUUGCACACAUAUUUCUCGAUGACAACGAUGGGAAAUACAGCGACAGGACUUCAUUAUUCUGUGCCUUCCUGUCAUUAUGGAAACCAGCCAUCCACCUACGGAGUGAUGGCAGGCACUUUAACCCCUUGUCUUUACAAGUUUCCAGACCACACCCUGAGUCAUGGGUUUCCUCCCCUGCACCAACCUCUGCUGGCGGAGGACCCAACAGCCUCUGAAUUUAAGCAGGAACUCAGGCGGAAAAGUAAAUUGGUGGAAGAGCCAAUAGACAUGGACUCCCCGGAAAUCCGAGAACUGGAGCAGUUUGCCAACGAAUUUAAAGUGAGAAGAAUUAAGUUAGGAUACACCCAGACAAACGUGGGCGAAGCUCUGGCCGCUGUCCACGGCUCCGAAUUCAGUCAAACAACCAUCUGCCGAUUUGAAAACUUGCAGCUCAGUUUCAAAAAUGCUUGCAAACUGAAAGCAAUUUUAUCCAAGUGGCUGGAGGAAGCUGAGCAGGUCGGAGCUUUGUACAAUGAAAAAGUGGGAGCAAACGAAAGGAAGAGGAAACGGAGGACAACUAUCAGUAUCGCCGCUAAGGAUGCUUUGGAGAGACACUUUGGAGAGCACAGCAAACCUUCUUCGCAGGAGAUCAUGCGGAUGGCUGAAGAAUUGAAUCUCGAGAAAGAAGUAGUAAGAGUGUGGUUUUGCAACCGAAGGCAGAGAGAAAAACGGGUGAAAACGAGUCUCAAUCAAAGUCUGUUCUCUAUUUCAAAGGAGCAUCUUGAGUGCAGAUAAGACUUGCCUGUGGUAGCCAUGUGUGGUAGCCUUUCCAUUCCUUUCUGAUUUCAAGAAAAAUCAGAAGUUACUUAGCUUCAUAAACUAGAUUAAAUCAGCAACCCCUGCAGUUUUUGUUUCACUUUCUUUCUUUCCUUUUUAGAUCCAAUGAUUUAAAACAAGACGUUUUAUUUAGUUGUUCUCAGAAUUCAUAGCAUUGCCUUUACUCCUAAAUCAUCACCAAGAAUGCUCACAAUACCUCUUCCAAUUCUGCCUUUAUACCUAAUACACAGAGAGGUGGGGAUAACUGGGAGAGAGGCCAUCAUAUAUGCGAAUAUUUUGAGUUUAAAAUUACCUUUUGUAAGUCAAUUUAUUGUUCUUUAAAUUUUAAUCAGUAAGGACAAAUAUUUACCGACUAUUAACCAGGGAUGGCUCAAGUUGAUAAUCUAUUGACUUGGCCAGAGAGAUGUCUCAGUGGUUAAGAGCAUCUGUUGCUCUUCCAGAGGAUGUGGGUUCCAUCACCUAUACAGCUCACAACUGUCUGUCACACUAUUUCCAGAGGAAAUCCAAGGAGUCUCCUGGGUUCCAUUGACACUUGGCCUGAAAAUGGAGCACAGACAUACAUGUAGACAAAAUACUCAUACAUAUACAGUAAAAAUAAUAAAUCUAUAAACAAAAAGAAAAUAUAUUGGUUUAUACUCAGUAUGCCCCUAGCACUAUGUUUUGUUUUGUUUUGUUUUGUUUUGGAGUAAGGUUUGACAAUCCAGAGGUGACUAGAGACAACUAAGAAUUUUAUUAAUUGCCUUCAGAAAUAAUCUUCAGUCAGAAUCUAUUGAUAUCUUUGACAUUAACACUUAGGACGCGUUUUUUGAACAAUUUGUAGGAGCAUUUAGGCAUGACAUCUGGGCGUAUUCUUUUAUACACAUUAGCUUUCUGAGGCUCUGCUACAGAAAACAUGUGAGCUGCAAGCUAAACUUGCUGACACAAUAAUCCUUCAGUUUUGGCUUUGUUUUGUUUUGUUUGGUAGUGAGUUCAAUCCUGAGCACAAGUGAAAUUUAAAAAUGAAAAAUAUGGUUUAGGGAUCCCUAACCUAUAUCAUAAAUCUGUGUGGAAGCUGCACUAGGGCGAGGCUACGUGGCUUACUUGCUGUUAUGUUUCCAGUGACUGAAAAAGCACUCGCUCCUAGUAGGUAUGUAUAGACCAUGCUAAAGGAAUGGGCCCAAUGGUGAACAACCGCUACAAAUAUGAAGGGUACCAGGCAACCUGAAAAAUCUAACUUGUUUUUGAAGUCUCAUUGUAGAAACUCACCUGAGGUUCCUUAACAAAGUGUCAAUUUUGGUCUCACUGGUCACAUUUUGAUUUAUUAAUAAAAAUUGGAAAUAUGGAA